AUGGAGAACAUCUUUCACCACCUCUCCCGGAAUGGCUGCCUUGCCGACGGUGUUAGUGGGUUCGAGUGCGUCCAACGGCACCCAGCGUCGCGAUUUCUGUCGGAGUUCUCUGUUGAAUCCAUCACGCAGCACGCCGCGCGUCUCCCCGCCUCUGUAGACGAUGUUGACGAGGCACCGGCGGGGAGGGGAGGGGAGGAGGCGGGCCCCCUCGGCGGGCCUCCGCGCCGGGGCGCCCUCUCCGUCACGGUCAUCGAGACCGAGCAACCCAAGCAGGGCGUCCACGUGGCCGAGAAGGUUGCAUGGCUGAUCUGGCAGACGCGUCUGCGGGCGGCGAGGGCUGGCCAGCCUCCUCUCACCGGCGCGUCCUCGGGCCUGCUUCACGUGGUGGUUGUCCUGGGCGGGGACGGGACGCUCGGUGAGGUCGUCCACGGCGCCUGUCACGGGACCCUCGCGGCGUUCCACGGCUUCCUUGGCCGCCGGGCUCCGGACCCCCUCGUGGGUCCCCUCAGGGCGCUGUGGCCGGGCUGUGACAGCCCGUCGUGUGACAACCCGUCGUGUGACAACCCGUCGUGUGACAGCCCGUCCUGUGACAACCCGUCGUGUGACAACCCGUCGUGUAGGGACGCCACGGGGAGGGCCGGUCGGCCCUGGGGCGGGACCGACAAGGAUGGGGUGCGGGCGAGAAAGGGCCCCAGUCGUUCCUACGCCCGUGUUCAGGAGGAAAAGGCCGUGCUCUGUCGCUUCCUGCCGGUAAUACUGUACAUCCCGUGCGGGACGGGUUCCGACUUCGCGCGGUUGGGGCUGUGUUGUGCGACGAUAGAGGAGGGACUGGAGGUUCUUCGUGCGACCGCUUCGGAUUUUUUUCAUCAUUUUGCGGCGGAUGUUGGCGGGGUGCACCAAAAAAAACUUGAUCGAAAUUUGUACCUUGAGAUAGUGACGGGGGGAAGACUUUCAAACGACGGGAAUAGAAUGGUGCCAGGCGCGUCUCGUGCAUUUGUUUCGUAUGAAGUAGACAUUGGGCGCAUCACGUUUCCAAAAACUGGACAUGUCCAUUUUUUUAUCAACGAGUGCUCCAUUGGCCUAUCGUGUGAUGUAGUUAAGUGGGCAGAGCGACUCAAAAGAAUUCCGUAUUUGUCUGCACUGAAUGGACGCCUGUUGUUUGCGUUAUCAGCGGCCAUCGCACUUCCGUCGAUGACCCCAAAACGGAUUCGUUUGAUGCGUCUGCCUCCUUUGCCUUCAUUACCCCUGCCGUGGGGUGGACACCUAAAUGAAGGCAGAAGAUGGAUAGGGGGCCGAGGUCUUCCUCCCCACGUAUUUACAUCCUCAUGCAGUAACACACUCUUAAACUUUCUCGACGAGAUUGCAAGGAACUGUAAGACGUCAAAUGAAAACCUUGACCUAUGUGAGAAGGCGGAGCAGUGUAGGCAAACAACGUCAGUCCAAUUUCAAGACAGCGGCGAGUAUUACUACUUUUGGGAGCCCCAGAGCAAUAACAGUGACGACAUCGUAGAUGAUUGUAGUGUAGAGGACUCAACGCUUGCGCAGUGUGCUGAAAAGAUGACCUCAAAGGAGAGUGUAGUUUCACCAGGCAAUGCCGAGAGUGCAAACUUUGCACCACGAGUGGGCACGUCGUUAUUUUAUGCCCCGUAUAUCUCGAGUCUCCCCUCCAAGUCUAAAGAACCUCCUUUAUACCCCCCUGCGAGUGUAUAUGUCGACCGACCGGCUGCGAUACGCCUGGAGCUCGAUCUUCCAGACCCCUUGUUAUCGCCUUGUUCAGAGCGUCUUUCUCAGGGUGAUUCUGUUGAAACCGUCGCGGAGCCUACCCCAAAGGAGGUUUCAAGGAAUUUUCACACCGGGUCUGACGCCUCCUCGGCCAUGGGGCGUGGGAUUCGCGAUCCACAGCUUAUGGGUUCGGGGGCGGCGGUGCCGUUUCGCUGGGUGUCGUUUUUGUCAUCUACUUUUGUUUUCGGCAAUGGUCGGUGGUAUGGCGGUGGGAUACACGUCACACCGCACGCGAACCCCACUGACGGCCUGCUGAGCUGCACGAACUGGGCGGCCACUGGGGCUUCCUUUUUGAGUGGACUUUUAUCCAUUUACAACGAACGCCACCUGUAUUGGCCCUCCACAACUGCCUUUGAUGGUGAGCGUUUUGUUGUGGAUGCGCAGCGGGGUGAGCUCAAAAGUGGGGGCCAUCUUACUCUACGCAAGCGGCAGAAGGACGCCGGGGAUGAGAUCCUGAUCGAGGCGGACGGGGAAGUGCUAGAGCAUCUUCCCGCGGUUGUGGAGGUGGGAGGCAUGAUAACUUUUCUGGCUUCUUCCUUUCCCUGUGUUGAGCGCUCAUUCUGCUUUACUUUUGGUCUGAGAAAAAAAGAACGUGUGGAUCAUCUGUCUGGAUGCUCCUGGCGUGGUCCUCCUGCUCCAGGAACGACUCGCGGAAGGAGAGGAGGCGUUGUAUUUAGCGAAUCUGAGAGCAGACCGAUAUGA